GAGAACCAUUGGAGGAAGAAAACAUCAACAGAGCGCCGCGAACAGUAACGUUAGUUUGCCAACUGUCUUCGACAAAUCUUCGGUUUAAAGUUGCGUUAUAGGUUAUUGCAGCAAUGGAGCAGGCCGGGUACUCGCCGGGUUUUAAGAAACCUUCUGAUAUUAUGCGAAUGAGAAGAAAGCGAGCACAGAGUGAGGGAGUAAGCCCCAGCGCCCGUGGAUCUCUGUCAAGUCUCGGUCUACCGGUUCCUGGGACCCGUCCAUUCUCACCAGGACCAAUGCUAAAUGCGCCAAAUCGCCCUGGUGGAGGCCUAAAACGGAGGAAUCCUUUCGCAAACAUAGAAAAUACUUGCAACAGCCCGAAGAAGAGAGCAACUGUUCGAUCCGACGAAGAUGUGGAUGGUUUUUUAAGUUAUAAAAAACGUGUUCCUGUCGAGGCAGACGGAGAGAACUCGGCAGAUCACAAAAUUAAGACUUCAUUGUCCUACGUUGACCAGCUUGUACAAGAAGACAAAACAAGUGAAAAGUUGCUUAAGGCUCCUAUUUCUGUCUCCGAAGAUGAUUCCCUAUUUGAGGACGAUUUGUUUGAACACGGGAAAACCAUCGCCUUGGUUAAGAGUCCCCAAAGCCAUGCAGCUGUUGAAGCUGCUCCUCCAGCAGAUGCGUGUCCAGAAUACCCCGCCGACUGGAGUCUGAAGACACGUCUGCUGUUUACCUCAUCGCAUGCCUUUUCAUGGGCAGAGCAACCAAAAGCACAGGAGGAGGCACAGGGUUUGGCCCAGCACUGCAGGGCAGAGUAUGCCUGUCUUCCUCAGAACAUACAGGAGCCUCGAUCUUGUACGGAGCUGCGCUGUGGCUUUCAGCAGUCUCUGCAGUACUGGCAGCACCCAUCCUUGCCCUGGCUCUCCCUGUUCCCACGGAUCGCAGCUGAGCGCAACUUUGCUGGCAAGAACUCGCCAUGGAGCCAGGACGCAGAGCUGCAGCAGAGCAUGAUGCGCGAGUGGUCCGUGAGCCUGACGUCCCUGUACAGCCUGCUGAAGGCACGCCUGUGCCCCUUCUUCUACCUGUGCUCGUACCAGUUCACUGUGCUGUUUCGGGCCUCUGGCCUCAGCGGAGCCCCGGGCCUCACUGCACUGCUCUCGCCCACCACCAGGGGGCUCCGAGAGGCCAUGAAAGCGGACGGGAUUGAGUUCACACUGCCCCUACUGGAGGACAAGAGGAAGAGCAAGGACCACAGUGAGGAGUGCAAACCCACUGAAGGAGAGGACCCAGACAGCAAAGCGUCUGGAGAGCACAGUGACCAAGAAGUUGACAAUGGUGAGGACGAUGAUGAUGAUGACGGUGGCUUCUCCUGGCUGAAGGAGAUGGGUGUUCAGGAUCAAAUCAAGAAGCCAGACUCCAUCACCCUCAAACUUCAUAAAGAGCGCAGCUCUGUGUGCUUGGACCACAAGCCCGAGUCUGUGGUCUUGGUGGAGGGAGCGCACACACACACGCUCAUCAACUUCCUCAUCAACUGCAAGAGCCUGGUGGCAGCAGCGGGUUCUCAGGCAGGCCUGCCCCCCACCCUGCUGGCCCCCAGUGCCUUCAGAGGGGCCACACUGCAGACGCUCAAGGCACGCAGUGUGAACGUUAAGACGCAAGUUCGGACGGGCUACCAGGAUUUGUGCAGUCUGGAGGUGACGGGUCCCAUAAUGCCUCACUCUCUGCACAUGCUCACUCAACUCUUGCGCGCUGCCCAGAAAGGGUCUUUCAGCGCAGGACUCAACACACACGAGCCCACGGCUGUCUUCAAUGUGCCUGUCUGUAAAAACACGGAGCCUAAAGAACAGAUUACGGCAGGAGCUCUCUCUGGUUGUGGUCUGUCUCAGGCAACCCUGCAGCAGUUCGUGGAGCCAGCGUCUCUGGGCAAGUCUGCCCUUCGCAAUUUACACAUGAGGAACUAUGGGUACACCUGGAAAAGCUGAGACACACGCUUAAAGGCACUCAUACAUUUUGAUUUUAUCAACUACGUUUUUACGUACACACACACACACACACACACACAAAGCCACCAGACACAGACACCACUUCAUUCUCCAUAGAAGAGAGACAUGGGGAGAAGUGACUUGAGGCCAUCACAGCUCUUUUCUUCACAGAGAACCAGAGCUUCACUAGACAUGCAAUGAAGAAAACUAUCAAUUCCCUUUCAGUGUUGGGUCAUUGUAACAUCUGUCUCCAUACUCAGAGCUAUCUGUGUUUUUUAAGUCAAAAGGGGCAGUGGGAAGGGAGUGUUUUAGUCUUACUGCCUAAUGUGUAUUAUCUGGAAGUCUUUUAUGAAUUUGAGAUUGUGCCUUGUAUGAUGGGAGUGAUUAAAAAGAGCAGUAGGUUUUUGUGUCAUUU